AAACGUUUAUUAAUUUACUAGUGUCAGAACAACUUUAGUUGCAACAAAAUUUUAAUAAUUAAAAUAUUUUACUAAAAAUUAUUAUAAAAUGAAUAAUAAUAAUAAUAAUAAUAAAUAAUAUCUUUAAAUAAAUUCUAUAUAAAUUAUAACUUAAAAUAUUUUUACAUAACCUAAAUUUUAAAAACCGAAUUAUCGAUUAUUAUUGAAUUUAAAUUUAAAUAAAUAAUAAAUUAUAUGAAAUUUAAUAAGUAAUUAAUAAAUUAAAAAAAAAAAAAAAAUGAAUGAAAAAUUACGACAAAUGGAGGAUGAGAUGAGCAGGUUUGAAGCAGAGAUAGGAGGGCAACUAGUCCAGACGAUGAUACGUCCAGUAAUUGGAGUAAAUACAUAUAGUCAAGUAGCUCGACAGCUAGAGCAGCAUGAAUUACCAGCACCAUCAGUUGCUGCGGCAGCAGCAGCUGCUACUCUUGCAUUUUCUCCAAUGAUUGGAUUCCCACCGCCACCUCCUCCACCGCCACCUCUUCUGAUACCUCCCCAAGUAUCUCGUCAAGGACAAAUCAACAAUUCAUCGUUCAUGACGAAUUUAAAUGAAUCAAUACUGAGCGGGACACCAAAGUCUUAUGAAACAGGAUCAGCUGGAACUACACCUCUUAUCCGCCCGGAGAUAAUAGAGCAGAUAAUAAAUACCAAGAUACCUGAUGAAGAUUUGAAAAAAAAGCAGCAGCCUAAAGUUAAAGGAGUCUCCACUGCUGCUGAGCUUGCCAUCAGUCAGGGUAAAGCUAGUUCUAUAAUGGCUAAUGCUAAUGCUGAAGAAAGUCAUCCAAAAGGGAAAGGUAAAAAAAAUAAAAAAAUUAUCAGGAUGGCGGGUGGUCAGACUUGGGAGGAUCAGUCACUACUUGAAUGGGAUGAAGACGACUUUAGGAUAUUUUGUGGUGAUCUAGGUAAUGAUGUUACUGAUGAAAUGUUAGUAAGAGUAUUUGGUAAAUAUUCAAGUUUCCAACGUGCUAAAGUUGUUAGAGAUAAACGAACAAAUAAAACAAAAGGUUUUGGAUUUGUAUCAUUCAAAGAUCCUCAAGAUUUUAUCAAAGCUAUGAAGGAAAUGAAUGGAAGAUACGUCGGCUCGCGACCAAUAAAGCUCCGUAAAAGUUCAUGGAAGCAGCGUAAUCUUGAGACAGUGAGAAAAAAAGAAAAAGAAAAGCAGGCGUUAAUUGGUCUUCUAACAGGUCGUGAAAAAUAAUUAUUAUUUUAUUAUUUUCUAUUACUUCCCUUCUCCUAUCUCCCAUUUUCAUUCUUACUUUCCAUAAUUAUUAAUUAGUUAAUUCAUUUAUUAAUUAACAAACAAAUAAAUAAAUGUUAAUUUUA